AAGCUUCGGAUGUGGAAUGAUUAGGGGACGUUUGAUUAAGGAUCAAAAACAUGUAGAGGAGGGGAAUUGGUGCGGAUUUCUCCUCCUCCAUCAAACGCCGAAAAACUUUACCCGUGAAAUGGAUGGUUUUUUGGUUUAAACUCACCGGGCAAGGUUCCUCAUCAUCCAGCAGCAGAAUUGCGCCAUCUUCAGCGCUGUGCAUCCUCCUACCUCGGCGACCUUCCGUCCUCAGCAGGCAUACAUCCACAGGAAAUGGGACUCCUUAGCAUCAUUAGGAAGAUCAAGAGGAGGGAAAAAGAAAUGCGCAUCCUUAUUGUGGGCCUCGAUAAUUCUGGCAAGACGACAAUUGUUUUGCGAAUAAAUGGUGAAGAUACGAGCGUUAUCAGUCCCACUUUGGGUUUCAAUAUCAAAACCAUCAAAUACCAAAGGUGCUCCCUGUGUAAAGAUAAGGGAGCUCCUUGUGAGGAUACCAGGCAUGUUCAGGACUAUUGCCUAAACAUUUGGGAUAUUGGUGGACAGAAGACGAUUCGAUCCUAUUGGAGAAAUUACUUUGAACAGACUGAUGGUUUAGUAUGGGUGGUCGACAGUUCGGAUGAUCGCCGAUUAAAUGACUGCAGAUUGGAGUUGCAUAAUCUUUUGAAAGAGGAGAGAUUAGCAGGUGCUUCCUUACUGAUAUUGGCAAAUAAACAGGACAUACAAGGGGCACUUAGUCCAACAGAGAUAACUAAGAUGUUGAAGCUGGAGGAUUUGGACACAAACAGGCAUUGGAAAAUUUUUGGUUGCAGCGCUUACACUGGGGAAGGUUUGCUUGAGGCCUUCAACUGGCUAGUUGGGGACAUUGCCUCUCGAAUUUACGUUCUUGAAUGAAUUUUGGAUCCAUGAACUGAUGCCCUUGUCAGUGCUGCAUUUUUUUAAUCUUAGCAUCGUUAGAUGCGUGUACCUUUUUGUGUAUGGAAUCAUGCUUGAAAUGGAAAAUGAAAUUCAACUAA